CGCUUAUCGGCAAUACUGGGCAGUGCAGAAGACGAUGAUUUGGAAGAGCUGAAGCUGGACCCAUUUCUGAUGAUCAGCGUGAUUGGCCAGGAAUAUUUACACGUCGGCUACACGGCGCAGGCAAUAACCCUGCUAAAACUGGCUUUAGAAGUGGAUAGUAAAACUGAGUGCAAAUCGUCUGAGCUAAAACUUUCCGUACUCGGUGCUCUUUCAUUUGCAUAUUACCAGGAGAAGAAUUAUACGCAAGCGACGGAAUAUUUGAGAAUGCAACUGGAUAUCUGCAGAUGCUCUGGCAAGUAUCGAAUUUCAGCACUAAGAGGCUAG